CCCGACAUGGGGCUGCCCGGGGAGCUGGACGCUGCAGACGACGGCGGAGGAUGCGCGCGGCGCCCCUGAGCCGGCCGAGCGGGCGGGCCGCGGGAUGAAUGACUGAUUCAUAGUCGGAGAGCUGCAGAGAGGCUGGAAGGCAGGCGGGUCUGGGAUCCAGCUGGGGCCGAAUGCACACCUUCCACCUUCGAUUAACACCAAAGAUGAAGAAACUGAGGCCCAAAGAAGUUAUCCACUUGGUUGAGGUCCCAGAAUAGAUCGGAACCAGGUCCACUAUCAGAAACCUCCUCCUGGCUCCUGGCUGUCUGAUCCCCCGAGGUUCAUCUCCUGACAGACAAGGUACAAGAUCCCCAUUACUUGAAGGAUAAGGCUGGCACUGCUCGACAUCUUUGUGGAAGCUUCUCCCUCACUCCUGAGCCUCCCUGAAACCUCCUUACAGCAUAUGACACAGAAUUUCUUUUUCCUAAGAUGGAGUCAAGCAAAAAGAUGGACGCUGCUGGCUCACUGCAGCCCAACCCACCACUCAAGCUGCAGCCUGAUCGGAGUGCAGGCUCAGUGCUCGUGCCUGAGCAAGGCGGCUACAAGGAGAAGUUUGUGAAGACGGUGGAAGACAAGUACAAGUGUGAGAAGUGCCGCCUGGUGCUGUGCAACCCCAAGCAGACUGAGUGUGGGCACCGGUUUUGUGAGAGCUGCAUGGCUGCCCUGCUCAGCUCCUCGAGUCCAAAAUGUACAGCGUGCCAAGAAAGCAUCAUCAAAGACAAGGUGUUUAAGGAUAAUUGCUGCAAGAGAGAGAUCCUGGCCCUUCAGAUCUACUGUCGGAAUGAAGGCAGAGGUUGUGUAGAGCAACUGACUCUGGGACAUCUGUUGGUGCACCUAAAAAAUGAAUGCCAGUUUGAGGAGCUUCCCUGUCUUCGUGCUGACUGCAAAGAAAAAGUACUGAGAAAAGACUUGCGGGAUCAUGUGGAAAAGGCCUGUAAAUACCGAGAGGCCACGUGCAAUCACUGCAAGAGCCAAGUCCCCAUGAUCACCCUGCAGAAACACGAAGACACUGAUUGUCCCUGUGUGGUGGUGUCCUGCCCUCAUAAGUGCAGUGUCCAGACUCUUCUGAGAAGUGAGUUGAGUGCACACUUGUCAGAGUGUGUCAAUGCCCCCAGCACCUGUAGUUUUAAGCGCUAUGGCUGCGUUUUUCAGGGUACAAACCAGCAGAUCAAGGCCCACGAGGCCAGCUCCGCGGUGCAGCAUGUGAAUCUGCUGAAGGAGUGGAGCAACUCCCUGGAGAAGAAGGUUUCCUUGCUGCAGAAUGAAAGCGUUGAAAAAAACAAGAGCAUCCAAAGUUUGCACAAUCAGAUAUGUAGCUUUGAAAUUGAAAUUGAGAGACAGAAGGAAAUGCUUCGAAACAAUGAAUCCAAAAUCCUUCAUUUGCAGCGAGUAAUAGACAGCCAAGCGGAGAAACUGAAGGAGCUGGACAAGGAGAUCCGUCCCUUCCGGCAGAACUGGGAGGAAGCAGACAGCAUGAAGAGCAGUGUGGAGUCCCUCCAGAACCGAGUGACCGAGCUGGAAAGUGUGGACAAAAGUGCAGGGCAGGCUGCUCGCAACACAGGCUUGCUGGAGUCCCAGCUGAGCCGGCAUGACCAGAUGCUGAGUGUUCAUGACAUCCGCUUGGCGGACAUGGACCUGCGGUUCCAGGUCCUCGAGACCGCCAGCUACAAUGGUGUGCUGAUCUGGAAGAUCCGUGACUACAAGCGCCGGAAGCAGGAAGCCGUCAUGGGGAAGACCUUGUCUCUCUACAGCCAGCCUUUCUACACGGGCUAUUUUGGCUAUAAGAUGUGUGCCAGGGUCUACCUGAAUGGGGACGGAAUGGGGAAAGGGACACACUUGUCGCUGUUUUUUGUCAUUAUGCGUGGAGAAUAUGAUGCUUUGUUGCCGUGGCCAUUCAAGCAGAAAGUGACACUCAUGCUGAUGGAUCAGGGGUCCUCUCGACGUCAUCUGGGAGAUGCAUUCAAGCCUGAUCCCAACAGCAGCAGCUUCAAGAAACCCACUGGAGAGAUGAAUAUCGCCUCUGGCUGCCCAGUCUUUGUCGCCCAAACUGUUCUAGAGAAUGGGACGUAUAUUAAAGAUGAUACAAUUUUUAUUAAAGUCAUAGUGGAUACUUCGGAUCUGCCUGACCCCUGACAAGUACCUGGGGAGGUGGAUUCAGCAGAAGGUAACUCCUCUGGGGGGUUGAAGCGGUCUGUCUUCACGAAGGUCCUCGCCCUCAAAAAGGACCGUGUGGAACAGGGUAAGCAGCCGGAGGAGGAGGAGGAGGAGGAGGAGGCGUGGCUGGAGGAGCCACACGUGAAAACAGACCCCAACGGAUUUCUAAUAGACUAGCCACACUCACUCUGAAGAAUUAUUUAUCCUUCAACAAGAUAAAUACUGCUGUCAGAGAAGGUUUUCAUUUUCAUUUUUAAAGAUCUAGUUAAUUAAGGUGGAAACAUAUAUGCUAAAAAGAAACAUGAUUUUUCUUCCUUAACUUGAACACCAAAACCGAAAACACACAUGGAGGUAGCUGGGCGUGUCAGCAUGUUAAUUUAAAAGGAGAACUUACGAAAUAAUAAUACAGUUUUGAUAUAUUCAUCCUAAAAUUCAAGAGUGCAAUCUUGUUUCAAAUAUAGUAUAUUGUCUAUUUUUAAGGCCUCAUCUGGUCUCUGUUCUAAUAAUCUGUUUGUCAGAAGGCCCUGAGUAGACAUCAAGUCUCUAAAUUCAGAAGUCAUUUUUAAUUUAAAGUUCUACAAAUAAUUGUUACUGCAACAUUUUGUUUUAAAACGUUGAUAGACUGAUAUUUCUUGGAAGAAAAUGUAAAAUAUCAAACACUGGUUAUCACUUGUGAUAGGAAAGAGAAUAUUCAACCUGUCGUUAUUUCUCGUUAGAAAUGUAACCCUUCACUAUCUGUCGUAGUUAGUGACAUACUUCCCAAUGACUAUGAGAGGGACAAUGCUCAUGGAUGCUGUGCAUCAUUGCAGACUUACAGUUGUCUUCACCCUAAAAUAGGGCAUUAGUUGAACUUUGGAGUUCUACACAAAACCCUUAGGUUUUUAAAACUCUGCCCCAUGUUGAGACAAGCUCUCUGUUGCUGACACCACCGCCGCGGUCUCCAGGGUCCAGUGUAUGGGGGUAGGCAGGUGACCUGUGCUGCAGGAGGCCCAGCAAGUGUUUCUCAUCCUGUCAUACUGCUGCAGGAGGCUAACGAUCUCCGAAAGCAACGUCUGUGCUCAGAGAUGGUGGCAUACGGUACAUGUGCCUUAGAUGUGACAUGCUGCUUCUCGUCCUUGGGUUUGCGUUCACCAUGAUUCUAGAAAGUGGUAGUUUAACCAGAUCUUUCUCUCUCCACCGCCAAUCUUUGUCUCUACCAGGGCCCUCAGACAGCUGCGAACCUGCCUGGGGAAGCCAGGCCUCCAUUGGCAGCUUCUGGAGGCUCUGCUGCUAAAUAGUCACGGAUUCCAACUCUAAGCCCCCAAGAGCAGCUCAGUCCCACCCCAAGGGAGGGAGGUGUAAGCAGAAGCCACACCCUUCCAGGUCUCCACAAGGGCCCUGAAAACCCCCACAGCAUGAAGGAGAAAACCCCACCCA